AUGGCGUCAGCACAUGUGAGAGUAUCUUAUUUAGGUAUGUUGGCGCCAAAAACAGCAUUAGUAGGAAACGAAAAUUCACUAUUCCGCCAACAUGAAUAUGGUAGAGUAUUACAACGCGACGUGGUAUGUCACGGUCGGAUCGUGAGCUCUGUGGUGCGUCUGUGCGGUGGCGGUGAUGCAGUACGAGCAUUAGAACGGCGUUGGCAACUCUUAUAUCUGAGGGCUAUCGAGUGGCAGUGUCACUUGGAAGCGUGUUUGACAAGGAUCGAUAAUCAGGGUGGCAUAUCAGCUGAAGCAGCAAGUGAUAGUGACGACGAACCCGUCCUCAAACAACCAAGGCUCAGCAGGAAAGGAUCUCCGAGAAGACAACGAACUCCGGUCAACGCUCGAAGGAGAGAAAGCUCCCUGGAUAGCAGACAAUCUGCGUCUGAGGAGGAACAAGAAUAUGUGCUAACUUAUCAGUGGCGCGGUUUUGGGUCGGACUGCGAAUCGGAGUUCGAACGUGGCCGACACAAAAUGGCGGACGAAAGACGCGUUCCCGGCGCAGGCGAUGACGUGACGCAAAAGGACACUGAUCAGACUGUACCCGAAAACAAUGACCAGAUCGACGGCCUCGAAGUACACAACAUUACGAUUGAGCAGAAACUGAAAACACCUCCUACAGUUGUUAAAAGAAAGAAGCCAGUGGACACCUCAAAAUUUAACCAGACAGAUAGAAAGUCAAAACAUUUGGCCACAUUCUACUUCAGACAUCACGACACAGAUUCAGACCGACAGAUGAUCGAAACAGAAAAAUCCCAAGAAGAAUCCUCAGAAGAAGAAUGGACUUACGUUGAAGGCGCCAAAAUUGCCAAUGAGGAUUCCACAGAUAUUAUGACGUCAUCUGUCGAAAUUCAAUGCCAAUUGCCCCUAGAUGAUAAGAAAGAUGAAGAGAAGAAACCACCGUCUCCCAAACCUACACUUGAAUCUUCUACGCCAGAUUUGUUAAAAGUGGAGAGUACAAGAAAUAAGGAUAUUGAAAGAUUAGUAAAUCAGGCUGAGGAAUUGGUACAAAAACAGGCUAUGGCAAAGAAGAAGAGUGCAAGGAAUUUCAAACCGUUGGGUUUUGAAGAAGACAAUAAGAAUGCCAAUAGGAAUAAAAUGUCCAGAAUCAAAGAAUGGCUCAAUCAAAGCACAGAAGGCAAAAACGAUACUAAUCAAGGCGCUGAAAGUUACGACGCCUCAGGUGAAUACACAACAGAGAGCGAAGUAGAUACCUCCCUGACAUCAGAAGAACGAAACCUGCACUCUUCGAUGGAUAUGAGCACUUCUACCUGCACAGUCACUCCUACACACCACGCCAAGGUCACACUGCGCAAGAAGCGGGGUGGCAACAGCGCGCGGCCAUGGUCCGUGUCUUGUCUCUCGCAGCUGAGCGGUGCGCACGCGUCACUUGCGGCCACGCCCAACGCCGGUGACGUUGCCGCUAUGUCACACAAUAUGUCCAUCUCUGAAUCUGCUCUCAACACUCUUGCAUCUCCUCAGAGAGUCACAUCUGCUAAUUCGAAUUCUAAGCUUCGAGGAAGUUCCACAACUGUACAGGGUCAUGUCUCCAGCACUAAUACAAUGACGGAAGCGUGCACCUCCUGUGUUGAAGCGAACGACAAACAAUGUUGGUUAAGACGCAAGCGGUUCAAACUGAGGCGCAACAACACAGCGGCUCGGCGAGAGCGGUUGGUGAAGUCGCUAAGCUUCUGUGGGAGACUCAGCCCUGAAAUCGAAGAUAAACAUGAGAGGAGUGCAGCUAGUGAUCCAGCUACAAGCCGCAAGAGCAGAUUCGACACCACCUCAACUUCAGGAAAUGAUAGUGACGAAGAAUUAAUAAAACAACAACUGGCCACCAUUGCCCAUCUUCGGAAAAGCAUCGAAAAGACCCACAUAUCCACCAUAGAACCCGACAGUGCCAUUCCUGAACAGAACGAACCAGACUCCGUAGCUCCUAGCUUUAAGCUAGGCCCUGCUGGAGGCGCCGUGAGGCCAAGAUUGGCGAGGAGUUUGGAAAGAGAAAGGAACUUUAUAUCUCUAAGUUUAGGGGAUCCUAGUUGCAUGUGGGACUUGUCUAUUGAUAAAGAUUCUGAUGUGGACAAGAGUGUAACGGCCGGGACGGAGGAGCACAGCUCGUUCUCGGAGCAGGCGUGGGAUUUCUACCAGGAAAAAUACAACUCGGAACCUUACUCAGAAGCUCCCGAUUCAGACGCUGCUAGACAAUUGCUAGAAUUCGGUGACGACUACCGCGCUUUCUUGGACUCGCAGUCGGACUGUUGUUCCAGUCUCUCGGCACAACCAGAAAACGACCAGAGCCCUAGCGGUACUAGAAGAAGACGCCCACCGUCAGACGUAUCGCGAGAGAGGAGUUUACCUCGCUAUAAACGCCCCACCAGGAACUCACCUAUAGAAACACCAUCCCGCAAACCCAAAAAGUCCAUGUCUAGCGCCGAACGCAAAAAGACCCUUCUCGACAGCCUAGAGAGAUCCAGAAACAACACGAGCAUAGAGAGCAACGACGGCGGCCGCCGUCGCAAGGCCUCGGAUAGCGAGCGCAAAAGUAGCAAGCGAUCACCCGAGUUCGACCUUCUCAACGUUCAGGCUCUGAGCCGCAGGAGGCACAGCUCGAACUUGACCAGCGACGAAAUCAACAGCUCGCUAGAGUACACGGAGGUGAACGACCGGCCGGACAUCCUGGACUCGCUGAGCCGGCGCCGGCGCUCGGACAAGGGCGGCGAGAGUGAGCUGCAGAAGGUUGCGGCCUCGGAGCUGCGGCGGCGCUCGGCCGAGAGCGGGCGCUCGGGCGGCUCGUCGGAGUCGGAGGCCGAGGCCGAGGAGGCGCGCGCGCUGCUGCGGCGCUCGGCCGCGGCGCUGGGCGCGGCCGAGACGGCGCUGGCGCGCCACGACGCCUCGCCCGACCUGCUGCGCGCCAUAGACUACGUAAGGACCUUCUCUACAGAUUACAGCAGUAGCUACUCGAGCGACGACGACAUGGCGUCGUGCGUGACGCGCCGCGCCGCCCCCGCGUGCUUGCGCGCUCGCUUGUGUCUCGCCGUCGCCGCCUUCUCCGUCCUAGUUAUAGUUUACAUUCAUCUCCAGUGA